UUAUUUAUGUAUCUCUGGAAUCAAAGUUAGAAACGUUCAAUCCCAGUUGGAGAGUUCUUUGUGUGUUUCCAUGUCCCAAGGGAUUGUGCACUGUCACUGUGGUGAGAGCUUGGAAAUGAAAGGGUAAAGGCACCACAGAACAAGCUGAUGGGAUGGGCGGAGCCUCUGGGCUCAAGUCUAGGAUCCCCACCUGGCUUUACCCAGCUGUAGACCAAGCCACUUGCCAACCCCUAAGGAUCUUAAGGCAUGAUGAAGAACCUCAGCAUUGUUACCGUAGUUACAGGUCUUGUCUUUACUGGAAUAAUGGCAGAGCCAUCAAGAGAAAGCAUUUUCUCCAAUUAUGAGGACCAAUGGAAUGAGUAUCUUCUGACAAAAUGUUCUUUUUCUGGAGAACAUUCUCCACCUCCUGAUGGGUCACAGAUAGUAGCCACGGUGGAUGUGAGCUUCCAUUUCCUUAAAGUUCUCUUCCACUCUCCCCUAAAACAAGAAAGGGAAAUAAAGCAUUCAGACCCCAGUAAUGAUAUCAUAUGGAAAAUAACUUCAUGCCCUCUUGAACACUUACGUGCUUUGGAAAUAUUAAACCUCAGUGACAGUGUAAUCCACUCCGUCUCAUUGGAUCUGCCAGGACCUCACUCCUCACAGCAGAGACUAAACAGAAGCAGCUUCCAAUAUGGGCUUCCAUCUCUAAAGGUGCUCCUUCUUCAAAGAAAUAAACUCAGAGACAUACCCAGGGGUCUGUGGAAACUGAAGUCGUUGCAGAGUUUGGAUCUGUCUUUCAAUGGAAUACUGAAAAUUGAGUUUUCUGAUUUUCAUAACUGCCUACAACUGGAACACAUCUAUUUAAAGAGCAACAAGAUAUUCAAAAUCCACCCAGAAGCCUUCAAGGACCUCAAAAAACUACAGGUGGUAGACCUCAGCAACAAUGCUCUGACCACCAUCCUGCCAGUGAUGACCUUUGCUCUAGAAUUUCCCCAUCUGCGUGUUGACUUGGCUGAUAAUAAAUGGCAGUGUGAUGAUAGCUUGACAGUCUUCCAAGGUUGCAUUUCCGAAUCCUGGAGGAAAACAUGGGAUGUAAUUUGCAACAAGUCUGUAGGCAAUGGGGACUCCUAUUCUGAGAUGCCCAAAAGCAGAGCAUCAGGGGAGAUAUACCCUUCUCACACAAAUCAGAAUCCCAUGCAAAGCCCCGUAAGGAGCAGAGCAGAGAGGCCUGGGGGAGGAAUGUAUCUGCGCUUUUCCCCUCUGAUGAAGGAGGCACCUGUGGACUCUGACCUCAGGGAGAGGCAGACACUGUGGCCAAGAGAAAGCAGAAAUACCCGGAAUAAGCGAGCCAUUGAUGAAGAGGAUGAUGGCACUGCGCCAGACCUCGCCCUGGCUGUCUGUCUGUCAGUGUUCAUCACAUUUAUCUUAGCUUUCUGCUUGGGGGUUUUCACCAGGCCCUAUAUUGAGAGACUAUGGCGACAACGAUGCACUAAAAGCUCUAGUUCCAACAAUACCUACUCAAACGAGGGAUUCUAUGAUGAAAUCGAAGCUCCAGGCAGCACCCAGCACCCAAGAAGAGAUCUGCAUCCAGAUUUCCAUCAUCAGAACCUCUAUAAGAAUCAGAACCCUUCCUGGGUGACACUGUCACCCACACACACCACUGUCAUUACUGAUGGGAUGCUGGAAAAUGGCAGAAAGGAGCCUGGGAGAUGGCAGAGCACAGAACAAUGUAGGAACAAUACCAAAGCAGGCAGUAGAAAUGGCACCACGUUUCCAAAUGGCCAGGUAGACCUUUCCACUCUCUGUAGGCAUCCAAAGACUGAUAAUCACCAACUGAUUUCCUCAGCACAGGACCACAUUUAUAGGAAUGAUAUGCUCAGGGAAUCAGAUUAUGACACUGUGUCUCAGGAAUAUUCUCUCCCUGAGCAUUCAGUGAGUGAAUCUUUCAUGGCUGGCACAUUUGGAACUGUGUCUGGCACCAUCCAUCACAAUGUGAAAGAAUCGGACCUGUCACACCUAAGAAAAGUGGCAGAUUCUCCCUCCAAAAUAGCAACCAACUCAAAUACACAGGGAGCUGGAGAGAGUGAAAGAGGGUGUCUUGAACAGCUGCCCAGGGAUACCACUGGCCCACACAUGGAAUGUUCUAAAGAAAUACAGGUGAGCAAUUUCGUCAGCUUGCCUUGUACAUCACAGCCAUGGCCCCUUGGGGACAAAGCAGAGAAAGAGCUCCAGGCCUUCUGUAAUGCAGACACACACAGUCACCUAGGAAGUGGAGAACCGGACACCCUUCUGCCAAGAUGGCACAGUGGCCUGCAGGACACUUCUGCUCCUGAGGAGCCAGUGCAAAAAGAUGUCCCUUCUGGCCCUCCGUACUGCUUGGAAUCCAACUAUGAUUCAGAUGAAGGGUCUUUGUUUACCCUCAGUUCAGAGGGCUCAGAGGAUACAAGGAGUCUGACUGAAGAGGCUUGUGGCGAGGACAGCGGUUGGGCUGGCCAGUCCCCGCAGAUCAAGGCCUCGGGGGAACACGAGAACAAUGUGACAUCAGUGGACCAUCUUGAAGACAGCAUCGCCUUCCAAAAGAUUCUGAAGAAAUAUGAAACUGAGGAAGACCACUUGGGAAAACUUCCAGUUUGUAGUGCAGACUCUGGUUUGUGUGAGACACAUCUGCAAAGUGCUUCUAACACCAGUGUGUCUGAGGAUGCAUUGAUCUGGCCCAGGUCACUGGACAAUCCACCUCUAAGUGAGGAGACUGGUGUGUUUGUUUAUGAUUAUGACAGAGUUCUUCAGCCUGGAGCAGUGGAAUGGCACUGCUCACUUAGAGACUUGCAGUUUUCAAAUGUGGACAAUUUACCACCGACACCACCACCUUCUACUGAUGAUCCUAAGGAGCCUGUUAUGGAAAGGACUUAGACAUCAUGAACACCAACAUUUCAUUCAAGUGACAGAUACAUCUCAAAAAGACACUCCUUCAGGGUCAGAGCAGAGGAAGACUUUAAGACCUCCACAGCAAGAUUCUCAAGGGAAUGACCUAGGUCCCAACCAGAUGGACAGAUAUAAAUGAGGUGUCUGUAUGUCCAGCAAAGGACUAUGAUUGUAGGAAGUGUUACAGUCUCUGGUGAUGAGCCAGCCUUCUGUAAAGAGGGACAAUAUUUUGAAAAUAGCUUUAAGAACUAAGCACAAUUAUUAUAAAAGUUUCCAAAUAAACCCAGUUCCUUAAGAACAGAUAACAAUUCCAUUCUAAUAGAGCAUAUUGAAUGUUCAGAGGAGAAUCUGUUGCAGAGAGAAAGAAAAGGAUUCUAACUUUCAUGCUCAAACACAGACCCAGAGAUCUGAGAGGAGGUGAGUGUCUGUCAAGAGCAGCUCCACUGUGACAAAGACAGACGCUCAACUUGAGAACCAAAGGGAAGUGACAUUUGAGUAAACAUUGGAGCACUUCUGUGGGAAUGCUGAACAGAAAUGAAUUCUGCACAGAGAUUAGAACAAGUUUUUUGGAGCUGAAUUAUAAAGCCAUACAAAAUUAAGAUCAAUUAUAAGUAUUUUAAAAUAAUUUAUGUUAACAGAAGAGAGGCCAUUUUCCAGAACAAAAUGUAGAUUAAAAAUCAGUUUUCAAGAGGAGAAAUGAUCCUUUCUGUAAAAGAAAAGGAUUUUCUUUUGCCCUUGUCCUAACACAAGCUCUUCUGGGUAUAACUCUGAAGUAUGGCCCUCUCUUGAUCUGUUCUGUCUACCUUCUACCUUAUCUGACAUUUUCUUUUUUUUCCUUUCCCAAUUCCUGUGCUUAUUCACUUAAAGACAGUUUCCUCAAGAGUUUCUCUCCAGUAUUUCUUUACAACCACUUUGUCAGCACUGGGAAUGGCAAAGAAAUAAUACUGCCAACAAAUGUUCUGAUAAAUAUGCCCCCUCUGACCCUGCUUUUAUUCUACAACCAGCUCCAUACAGAUGGCACAACCUCCCUCCCAAGCUCCAGGUUCAGAUCCUCAGCUCUAAUCACCCAAAUACACAUAGCCAUUCAUCAUUUUUUUCGAAAGCACGAUCUUUCUCUGAUCCCUUUCUUGGUCAGCACUAUCAAGACAUUUACCCAAGAAAGCUAGUUACAAUUUCUGACUUAGUUCUGAUUCCUUCUCUUUCAUUUCCUACCUCUAAAAAAGAAUCCUCUAAGCACAGUACAGGAGGAGGUCCUGAACACCUAUUCAGAGAAACAGACACAAAAGCAUUGAUAGGGGUUGGGCAACCUGUGUCAGACCAAGGUUUGAGUAGAAAAUAAGGUGAUGGAAUUUGGAGAAUGUCCACCAGUCUAAAUCAUUGCACCAUUAGUCCUAGAGGAUCUAGCUCCUCAGUAACUUAACUUGGUUAUACCAGUUCUCAGUCCUCAAGGCACACUGCUUGUCUGGCACCUAGGUUACUAUGAUCUUUAAUAUUUUACCUCAUAUAAGGU